AUGUUUAUAAAUAUAUUUUCAUUUUUAUUUGGAGUUUUCUCCACAAUAGUAUGCGCAAUUUAUUUAUUUAUUCGAUUGUUGGAGACAUUAGAUACAAAAACCGAAAAAGAAUAUCUUGAAAUGUUAAAAGAGACCGAAGCAGAGAAAAAGUUAAUGAAAUUAGAUACUUCAAGAUACAACUCUGAAAAAAGAGGUAAAGUUUAUAUAAAACUACCAGAUUCAACAACAAAUAUACCAGAAAAGCAUUAUUGUGUCUUAAAAAACAAUAUGUUAUUUUUAUUUAAUAAUCCAAAUGAUGUAUCAGCAGUUAAUGUGAUUUGUUUUGAUGGUUGUUCAGUAUCGAUUGUUAGAAAUAAAAUUGGAUCAAGUAAAUAUAAUAAAAAGAAUUGUAUAUCAGUUAUGCAACCAGAAAGAGAUUUAUUAUAUCAUUCAAAGAUUUUACACUUUUAUUUUGAUUGUGGAAAAGAUUUAAAAACAUGGUAUUGGUUUGUAAAGGAAGCAUCAUCAAUGACUGUAAAGAAAACACAAUUAGAGGAUCAAGAAGAGAAAAUUUGUAAAAAGUUUUUCGAAGAGUUACCAGCACGUUUAAAUAUACCACAAAGUUGUAGGGUUGGUACAAUACCAGAACAAACUCAACCAUCUGUAACAAAUAAUGUAAAUAAUAAUAAUAAUAACAAUAGUAAUAAUAGUAAUAAUAUAACGAAUAGUAGUAGUACUAGUGGUGGUGGUAGUGGUGGUAGUUUUGAUACACCAUCAUCGGCAUCAUCAUCAUCAUCAUCAUCGAUAAAUUCAACAGCAUCAUCAUUAUCAAGUUUUGCAAUUAAUAAAUUUAAAUCAAAAACAUCACAACCAACAGAAGAACAAUCAAUAUUGAGAGAUAGAUCAGCAUCGAAAUCAUCUUCAACAAAUUCUGCAUUCUCAAAUGAAAUGAUCGAUAGUCAAAUUAAUACAUUAAUUGAUGAUAUUAAUGACAAUAGUAGUAGCAGUAGUAGUAGUGGUGGUAAUAGUGGAUUUGCUAAAAAUGGUAGUAUUCAUUUAUCGUCUAAUCAAUUCAUGCAAAAUACCAAUUCAUCAAUACCAAGUCAAAUUCAACCAGUACAAUCUAGAUACGAUUGGUUCAAUGUUGCAUUGGCUCGUGUAUUCUUUAAUUUCUAUGCAUCUGAAACUUUAUUGGGUUUUGCCGCUGAAAAAAUCACUAAAAAAAUUAAUAAAUUAAAGAAACCAUCAAUCCUUAAAUCAAUUACUUUACAAAAUUUAGAUUUCGGUCCAAAUAUUCCAGUUUUAAAUGAUGCUAAACUUUUAUAUUUAACACCACAAGGUGAAUUUAGUGCAGAUAUAGCAAUUACAUAUCAUGGUGGAUUCACUUUAACAAUUAAAAUUGAAGUUAUGAUUAGUUUCCGUAAUCAUUCAGUUACAAUUCCAUUUGUAAUUUCAGUAUUAAUUAAAUCAUUACAAGGUAGAUUAAAUGUACAAUGUUUACCAACACCAACUAAAAGACUUUGGAUUGGUUUCUAUGAAGAACCUGAAUGUGAAUUAUCAAUCGAUACUUCAAUUGGUCAAUCUAAAACUGGUUAUUUCACAAAUAUGCCAAAAUUAGCAAAAAUCAUUGUCAAUAAAUUAAAAGCUGAAGUUUUCGAAAUGAUGGUUUUACCAAAUAUGGAUGAUUUCCCAUUACCUCAUCCAAAAGGUCACAAAAAUCCACCUCCAAUUCCUCAACCAACUUUAUAA